AUGUCAACCCAAAUGAACUAUGCCACCCUUAUCAAAGACCAUGUUUUGACUGGCCCUAACUAUGUUGACUGGAAGAGGAACAUCAAGUUACUCCUGUCUGCGGAAGGUCUAAUGUCUGUCCUGGAUGAAGAUGAGCCUGAAUUCCCUAAUGAGGAGAACCCUGAUUCUAAGCCUGCCUAUGAGUUGUUUGGACAGAAAAACUCUAAGGCAAAACUCCUCGUGUUGAGUUCUCUGGAGAAGACCAUCGUUGAUUCGGUCAAGGAUCUGUACUUGACCAAGGCCAUGAUGGAGGAGUUAAAGGAGAUGUAUGGGAGGGAAGAACAUCAUGCCCAUCAUCAACUGGUGACACUCCUCCAUGGCACGAAGAUGGCUCAAGGUACUCCGAUUAUUGACCAUAUCAUGAAAAUGAGGAACUUGUUCCUGGAUCUGGAGAACCUUGGGACAUCAUUCAAGCUGAAUUAUAAGACGGAUGUCAUCUUCCACUCAUUGCCUCAGGACAUCUGCUGA